AUGCCACUGCCAGUAACGCAAGCUCUAGCCGCAGGGAUAACCCUCGGUACUGGGACGGUUCAGGCAACCACCGUCGGCACUCACUCUGUCCCGCACGCGACGCCCCGAGUCGAGGACCCUUGGACCAAGCACAUGGCAGACGUCGGAUACCCUGCGGACCAUAAAGUAUGCCAGAUGGUCGCGAACCAGGCCAAUGGCACAUGGGCUUACAGCAAAGCUUCCGACUACUAUCUCAGCUGGAUGAAGGAUCACGGCAACAAGCUAGACGACUGGGUCCAGGGAAUACACAAGAAUGCGACCGCCGACUCGGGGAUCACGCCUUCAGACAUUGACUGCACCAUCCUACACACGCAGAACUGCCAACCACCUCAUGAUGGCGACUGCGAAAAGUUCAAGCCGGCAGCCUUCGACCCGAUGCUGACGGAAGUCGUGAAUCUCUACGGCAUCCUAGAGGUUAUGGACAUCACCAACAUCAAGGAGACACUGCUGACCAACCUCGACCUCGGCACACUGGUGCGGGACUUUAUCCCAGAGAGCAUGAUACCAACGCUCAAGAAGUAUAUUAGCAUCACAGCAGUCGUCGGGUGGUUGAUCUCGGGUAUUUUUGGCAUUGCCGGCCUGUUGGGGCCUGCCGGCGUGGCCAUCGGAAGCACCGCUCUUGUCGGGUCGCUGACGGCGCUGACUGCGGUCACGGCCGGGGGUGCCUUUGUCUUCAACACGAUCGGUGCCAUACUGAGUAUCACGAGCACUGCUCUGACCGACACCUCACUCGAUCCCGGGCAGAUGGAGGCACACCUCGGGAAUGCCCUCGGGAAUUUCUUCGACGCCAUGAGCGCGAGAAAUGCGGCGCUGACGGCCAAGAUCUUUGGAGGGACGCCCGAUCAAGACAUCGACCUGAUGGAGUUUGUCACGCGCAUUGAUGAUCGCUACAAGAAGUUUGAGAAUGCCACGGAUUCCGCGGCCGUCAUGUAUCUACUCCAAAAUGGCUGGUUCAUGGAGCAGUCCAAUACGGCCGAUGUUAUCGAGCCCAUGUUCGACGCUGGAUUUAAGCUGAUGAAAGUUGGCUUGAUCGGCUACAUGUUCAGCGCCCGGCGGUUCUACGUCAUGCAAUUUACGAAGCUCAACCAGACUAGUUGCCAAAAUAACUUCGACGGAGCGUCUCGCUUUGUCGAUGGCGGUUGCUUCGUUUUAAAGAUUGGCGACAAGAAAAUCGAUCACAACGACAAUGCGGGAACGGAGCUCAAGACGGCCGAGUCCAAGUACAACCUCGUCGUCCCCAACUUCUUCCGCAACGUCCGCGACUGUGACAACAACGCGGAUCUAAUGCAACACAAGAACUAUACCAUGGACAACAUGGGGGAAAUGGGAAAAUGCUUCUUCGGUCUCGACUACCUGCACGUGGAGACCCCUGAUGAUAUUUCAAUGGUCAACAAGACCAUUGCCGACUCCCUGGACCUGGAUUACUAG